AUGGCACGAGCGCCAUCGCUGCCUGCCGAGUCUUCCUCCUCGAUCACUGGGGCCUUGCGGCGAUACUUCUCGGCCGACCAGAUGCCCAGCGACGCCGACGCCGACGCCGAUGCCGACGAUGGCGACCUGUCGCCGGCGGAGGCGCUGCCCACGCGCUCAGUCUUCAUCGCCACGGCGGUGCUGGUGGGGAAGCGGAACAAGCAGCGGCACCUGCAGCACCAGCAGCAGCGGGAGGAGAGGACGUCGCCGAACUGGCGCGGGAAGGAGGAGGAGGGCGGGGUUAGCCGGAGCAGCGGCGGCGGCAGCAGCCGCGGCGGCGGCGGCGGUGCGAGCAGGACCCCCAGCCCUUCCUUGACGCGCCGGGUGUGGGCGUCCGCCUCCCCGAGGUUUGGCACCGGCGGCGGCGGCGGCGGCUGCGUCGGCGGCGAUGGAUGCGAAGGCUGCGUCGGCUGCGUUAGCAUUCGGAGGCUGUCCAGCGGCAGCAGCGGCAGCAACGGCGGCAACGGCGGCGGAAGAGAGGGUGUGGACCCUGUCGCUCUCUGGCGGAGCUACAGCAGAGACGACGGCGUCAAAGGGGGCAGCGUUGCCCCGGCGACCGCCGCGGCGGCAAGCGCGGAGCAGAAGGCCAAAACGCCCGCGACUACCGUUUCCCCCAUCGCCAGGUUCUACGACUACUGGAGACACUGCAACUUCCGACCGGCCUCGGCGGUGAGGAGUGCGACGAAGGACAUGGCCGACGACAUCCUGUCGACCGCGGGCGAAGACAAGGGAAGGAUAACCGUCCCGGCGCCGUUGGAUCCGGUCACUCCCGCGCGAGCAGCGCCGCGGACCCUGGCCACGAAGAGGAGCAGGGGGCCUCCGGCAGGCCAAGACGGUGAGCUGGUUGCCGGCGGCGGUAACGGGAGAGCCGGCAACAUCGAGAGCGAGAGCGCCGCGGCCGCAGCCGCAGAGGCGAGGGAGGACAGGAAGGACCGAGCGGAGGCCGGGGCGAAGGCCAGGACGGCCUUUGCCGCCGCGGCAGUCGCGGAGCGACGGACGGAGGACGCGAAGCUUAGGCUCGGGGAGCUGAGGUUGCGCCCGGACAACAGCCGCUGCGCGGACUGCGGAGCGCCUUGCGCCGACUGGGCUUCCGUCGCGCACGGUUCUUUCGUGUGCCUCAAGUGCGCCGGGCAGCAACGCAGCCUCGGGAUGCACGUGAUCUUCACGCGGUCUCUCGUCAUGGACAAGUGGACGGACGAAAGCCUUCGCCUCAUGGAGGCCGGCGGCAAUAAGCGAUUGGCGGAGUUCUCGAGACGGAUGGGCCUCUACCCGUGGUCCACCGUGGAAGAAAAGUACCGUCACCCUUGCCUGCCGCUGUACCGGAAGCGCCUUGCCGCCCUGGCGGACGGGGAGAAGCCGCCGCCAAUCUCGAGGGAAGCCCUGGAACAGGCUGUGCUGGAGGCGAGCGGGGAAGGAGAGGCCUCGGACGACGGUGGCAGCGACAACGAGAAAGGAAGUAGCGAAGCCUCCGCCGCCGCCGCCGCCGCCGCCGCCGCCGCUGCCCACGACCCGCUGAAGCUCCUCUUCAAGAGCGUUACCGGCGGGUGCGACGGGGUCGGCCAAGCCUUUCGACGGCACUUCUGCCAACAAGCCUUGUUUCGGAGGACGGGGGCCGGGGCCGGGGGCGAGGCAGGGGGAGGGGAAGGGGGCCGAGGCACGGGGCCCCCCAGAUGGGUCGCCGACGAAGAGCAGGAGGCGUGCAUGCUGUGCGACAGAGUGUUUACGGUGAUUCUGCGGCGCCACCACUGCCGCCGCUGUGGGCGCCUCUCCUGCAAGUUCUGCGCUCCCACGGAAAACUCCCGUCCCAUAUUAGAGCGACGAUAACCCAACCCCGAUGGCAAACACCGGGGGGGGGCGUACUCUUAUGUUUUGCAUGUCUUAACGGUUAGACCAUUGACCACGCGUCCUCGAGAAAACGGAGCAUUGUUCCCACAGGACCGAUCACCGAUGGCCAAUCGUUCCUUCCU